GGAUUCAUAGCAGCAGCAGCACUUCCGUUUCCGCGUAGUCGCUCCGGUCUGCCAUAUUCGGUGGGCUUGCUGGUUUGUGUGAGCCGGGGAGUGAGCAGCGCGAGGCUUGUCUGUGCGCGGUCGCUACGGGAGUGUUUUCAGGGGAUGGUCUUCUAUUUAACAGCGACUAACUAGACAGAGAGAUCCGGGAAAAGGCUGACAGUUGUGUGAGGAAGCGGUACAGACAGCAGGGCCGAGAUGACGACGCGCUCGGAGCGGGAGAAAGCUCAGAAACUGAAUGAGCAGCAUCAGGCCAUCCUGUCCAAAAUGCUCCGUGAGGAGGACAACAAAUACUGCGCCGACUGCGAGGCGAAAGGACCUCGAUGGGCCUCCUGGAACCUUGGUGUGUUCAUCUGUAUCAGGUGUGCUGGAAUUCACCGGAACCUAGGAGUGCACAUAUCCCGAGUCAAAUCAGUCAACCUGGACCAAUGGACCCCCGAGCAAAUUCAGAGCGUGCAGAGCAUGGGAAACACUAAGGCCCGACAGCUGUACGAAGCCCAUCUCCCAGACAACUUCAGACGGCCACAAACCGACCAAGCCGUGGAGUUCUUCAUCAGGGACAAGUACGAGAAGAAGAAGUACUAUGACAAAAAUGCAGUCAAUGACUCUUUUAAGUCUUCUGAUGCUGCUUUGCCCUCGGCAUCCUCCCCCUCCUCGCAAGCAGCCGAGAAAAACAAACUGGAGGAGAGGGAGAAGCAGAAAGAAGAGAAGAAGAGAGAAAAGGAAACAGAUAAAGGGAUCAAGCCCUCAGCCUUCGACAAGAAGCGGGAGGACCUUCAGAUAGACUCAAGAGCCAGUCCUAAGAAGAGUGUGGAACCUGCCAUCGACCUGCUAGGCCUGGAUGCUCCUGCAGUCAGCUCAGCCAGCAGCGGGGCGGGAUCUGGAAGCGCAGCUCCUAUAAGUGAUGACCUGGACAUCUUUGGACCAAUGGUGUCCAACCCUCUGCCAUCGAGCACCAACACAAACCAGGCCAGUUCCAGGAAGGCCACUGGGAGCACAGCUUCAAGCUCUGCUGUGGGAACAGCAGUACCAGGAGCCCAGGGGACCGCUGGAGGUGCGCCCGCACAGGCAGACCUGGACUUAUUUAGCGAGAACAGCGGCAGCAACAGCAGCAGCAACAAAGCCGAAGACUCCACCAAGAAACCCCUUUCCAAGGACUCUAUUCUCUCUCUGUAUGGGUCUAGCUCUGUCCCUCAGCAACCUGCACAAGCUGCUAUGUUCAUUGGUGCGUCUCAAAUGCAGUUUCCCGCACAGCCUCAAGCUAACUUCCAGGCUUUCCCAGGGAUGGGCGGGGCCAUGCCUCCCACUACCAUGAUGGGUGCGGUUAUGGGCCAGGGAGGAGCUAUGAUGGGCCAGAACACUGGUAUGAUGGUUGGCAUGACGAUGCCCAAUGGCUUUAUGGGAAACGCCCAGGCGGGAGUGAUGGGCCUGGCGCCGGGGAUGAUGGGAGCGCAGCCCGGAGCACCUGUUCCAGCAGGAGUGGUUCCCCCACAGAACAUGUAUGCCAUGCAGCCGGGCCAGCAGACCCAGUGGAACAUGGGACAGAUGAAUCAGCAGAUGUCUGGGAUGAACCUGAACGGUGGCGGAGCUCCGAUGGCCUUCGGGCAGCCAGGGGCCGCAAUGGGAGGCUGGGUGGGACCCCCUUCUGGUCAGACCCUCAGUACCCAGCUCUGGAAGUGAGUGGACGAGGGAGGGUGGAGGACAGCAAGGGGCGCAGCAAUCCCCUCCAUCCCUCCGUCUCCCCUCCCUCGACCGGCCACCAGAGUUUUAUCCAUGUACUGAUCUUUUUUUUUUUUUUUCUCCUUCUCCUCUCCUUUCCGACCAUUACUACUCUGUUACUGGAGAGCGUCAGCUCAACCUGCCCCCCCUGGUGUAUCGACUGAGUGAUCAAGAGUGUGGAGUUGAAGAGACUGGCAGCUUUGUCCGUCUUAUUUGCAGGUUUUUUUUUCUCCUUCCUUUUCUUCUAUAUAUAUUUUUUUUUGAGUUGAGAAAAAAAAAAAUACAUAUCAGCGAAGGAAGCUGCUGGACCAAUUACACAAGCAUCUAAUAUAUCAUUACCAAAUCAAUAGUGAGUAAUAGUAUUUAAAUGGCAAAGAAAUGGCUAUCAUGUUUGUGAUUUUUUCCCCCCCUGACCAACCCCCUCCUUUUUUCCCUGACCACUGUAUACGCCCCCCGCCCCCCGUUUUCCCAGAGCCCUGUAGCAGCUAUCGUAUGAACCGAUGUACUGUAUGUAAGCAUAAGAUAGAGAAGCCGUCGAUCCACCCCCUCUUCGCCUCUCGCCCAUGAUCCCGUCAGCUCCAUCAGCCCCGCCCCCUUUCCAUCUUUACUGUGACGUUUUAAUGUGUGCAUUACAGAGAAGCACAGUUAGCAACAGGCAAAUAAACCUGGACGACUCAUAACGGCAGCAUAAUGGCCAACGGCAAGAAUGUGACAGAGUAAGGGUUUGGGAGCGGGUGGAGGGUGGGGGAUGGGUAAUAAGAGCAAGAGUAGGAGGUGUCCACAGGAAUCAGAUAGCUGGAUAUAUAAAUAUAUAUAUAUAUAUAUAAUAAAUAAAUAGGAAAUUUUGGCUGGUAGGUAAAAAAAAAAAAAAGUCAGGAUCGAACAAAAGUGCACAGAUGAACAUACUCGACUCGCGACUGUGGCAGAGCUUCAAUCCACUCAGACAGGGUCCCUCUGCUGUGCAAUAAUGUGAGCAUCCACACCUCGUCAUCCAGGUUUAUUUCUACAAUGUGUUUACAUUUUUCUGGUGCCUAGUACAGAGGAAAAAAAAUGUAAUUUCCGUGCAUUAAACAGUGAAUAGCCAUUAA